UUCUUUGGGGGCCAGGCACCUCCACCUGCAUGGCUAGCUGCAUUGCGGAUGCCUUCUACAACGCGCGCUGCAACGGCAUCGUGGGCUGCGAUCCGGAGGAAGUGGUGGUGGACAGCGGCCAAAGGAAUAUCAUGAAGAUCACUUUGCCCACUGAGAUGGACGCCAUUUCCACGGAGCUCAAGCACACCAUCCAGGCAACGGCGGGAAGUGCUGGUGAAAUGAUAG